AUGAGCGCGAUUUCGUGGCUGUUUCUACUCGCCGGCGUCCUGGAGUCCCUCGCUACGGAAUGGAACACGCAGGACUACAUGAAGCGAGAACACUCUCUGAUCAGGCCGUAUCAAGGCACAAGUAUGACGAUACCUUACUGGGACUUCAUGGGAAGCACAAUGGUAACCAAUAAUUAUAUCAGGUUAACACCUGAUUUACAAAGUAAACAAGGUGCCUUAUGGAAUUCUGUGCCGUGCCAUAUACGAAAUUGGGAACUGCAAAUUCAAUUCAAAGUACAUGGAAAGGGAAAGGAAUUAUUUGGAGAUGGUUUUGUCAUUUGGUAUGCCAAGGAAAGAAUGAAGUCAGGUCCGGUAUUUGGGAGUCAGGACUAUUUCCAAGGAUUAGCAGUGAUACUUGACACAUACAGCAAUCAUAAUGGCCAACAUAAUCAUCAGCAUCCUUACAUCUCAGCAAUGGUCAACAAUGGAUCUCUGCAUUACGAUCACGAUCGUGACGGCACUCAUACGCAACUCGCAGGUUGUGAAGCAAAGUUCAGGAACUUAGAACAUGAUACACACUUAGCUAUAAGAUACGAAAGAGAUGUCCUAACUGUUUCCACGGAUCUCUCCAACAAAGCAGCAUGGAAGCAAUGCUUUCAAGUGAAUCAAGUCAAGCUUCCAACAGGAUAUUACAUUGGAAUUUCUGCUACCACGGGUGAUCUGUCUGACAAUCAUGAUAUAUUGUCAAUUCGUUUGUUUGAAUUAGACUUACCAGAUGAUCCUAAGGAUCAAGAAGACAGAUCACAAAUUGUGCCAUCAGCAGCAUUCUAUGACGCACCAAGAGAACGCAUAGAAGAUCCGAAGCAAUCGAGUAUGAGUGGAAUAAAACUUUUCCUACUGAUGUUAGUUGGUGCGCUCUUUUUAAUAGCUUGUGUUGUCAUGGCCAUUAUGUUUUACCAAAAGCAUCAAGAAAAUAGUAGAAAACGAUUUUACUAAGUCAGAUUUCAGGUAGUGUAUGUGUGUGUCUUGAGCGUCGCAGCUUACCGAUUUCUCUUCUAUUCAAGAUUUUUUGUAUACAAAGAGUAAAUUACGAAAUGCUCAUAAGACUGUCUUUAUUUGGGGUUUCUAUUAAAAAAUUAGUAGAUAUAAAUCUUUUUUUUGUCUAUAAGAAUAAAAGUCUUCAAGGUAAAGGAGAGACGUGUAUGUGUGUGUGUGUGUGUGAAUAGAAGUAUUCUAAUUCCAAUUUGCAGAAUGUUGCCCCAUUGGAUUAAUUGUCGAUGUCAUUGAUUGGACUCAAUGUACAUUUAUUUGAUUUUAUUAUAGUCAGUAAAAAUACGUAUUUAUUUACAGUUCCUUUACCAAAGUUAUUACUUUUUGAAAUGCCAGGUGGAAUUUAACGAAAUAAGUUUUUAUAUAUUUGACUUAUAAAAAAUAUGUAGAAUGGAGAGAUAUAUCAUAAUGAAUGUAUGACAUGUACAUUAUUAAUUGUAUUUUAGAAAGGUCUUGGAAAAAUUCGUAUAUUAUAUGUAUUAAUUUCAAGCCAAAUGUUCAUAUGCACGAGAUCUUUAUGCUAAUAUAUACUUUUUCCAGAACCUUUUUGUCUGUAUAGGUUGGAACUAAUUAAUUCUAAACUCCAGUGAUUUUAAAUACUUAAGGAAAUAAUACAUCACAGAUAAAAGAGAUAUUUGUUUAAGGAGAUAAAUUAUAGAAAUCCAGUUUAAUUUCUAUUUAUGCAAUUUUUUUGCGUAAUCAUUUCAUAUGCAGAUUAAAUACAGAAAAGACUUUAUUAACAUAGAUUUUAUAUUUGUACAUAAAGGAAAUUAAUGUACUCAAAGCUCCCAUAUUGCAUACAGUUUGUGAUAAAUAUUACUUGCAGAUUAUAUAAAUGCAAUUAUCUAAACAGGCAACUGGCCAUAAGAAUUAUGCAGUGUUAGAAUAAUGUCUAACAUUGCAUGAAAGUAUAUGCAAUGUGGGGGGAUUCUACUGUAUUUCAAUAUAAAAUAACUACAUACAUAGUAAAACUCUGUAUUGUAAUCCUUUUAUAUGGAAACUAAGAAAAAGGGAACCAAACCGUUUAAUAAACAAUUGUCUUGU